AUGUUAGCGCAUAGCGUACUUAAAAACUAUUGUGGCGCCGCAUUUGUGCUACGAAAAAUGUCGUCACAUGCUUCUGAGCUUCUUGUUUCUUCCAGUGGUCCUACGCGUACAAUUACUUUGAAUCGCCCGAAAGCUCUAAAUGCUUUAAAUCUCAAUAUGGUUCGAGAAAUCUACCCGUUAUUGCAGGAAUGGAAUUUGUCAAAUGAUGUAAAUUUGAUCAUGAUCAAAGGCAGUGGUGAUAAAGCUUUUUGUGCUGGUGGAGAUGUGCUUGCCGUCACAAAGUCAGCGAAAGAUGCCCAAGCAGGAAAAGACUCGACCAUGCAUCAAGAAUUUUUCAAAGAAGAAUAUCAACUAAACCAUUUGAUCGGGACGCUCUCAAAACCCUAUGUAGCGUUGAUCGAUGGAAUCGUAAUGGGCGGAGGAUGUGGUUUAUCGAUAAAUGGCCGUUAUCGUGUCGCAACCGAGAAAACAAAACUAGCUAUGCCUGAAACGGCUCUCGGACUGUUUCCAGAUGUUGGUGGAAGCUACUUCCUUUCUCGAUUGCGCAACAAUCUUGGAAUGUUUCUUGCUUUAACUGGAUAUCGACUUGAAGGUGCCGAUACAUUUCAUGCUGGUUUGACUACACAUUAUAUUGAAUCAUCUCAAUUACCAGCACUGGAGAAAGCACUGAGCGAAUUUAAACAAGUCGAUGAUGAGACUGUCAAGCGAACAUUGGCUUCGUUUGGGUCAAAACAACUUCCGCCGUUUAGUUUGGAAAAGCAACUUCGCCAAAUACGGGAGACUUUUGGGGGAAAAAGUGUUGAAGAAAUCAUCGAAAAUCUGAACAAAGAUGGAAGUGAAUGGGCGACUACGCAAAUUAAAAUUCUUAAGAAAAUGAGUCCUACCUCGCUAAAAGUCACCCAUCGUCAGCUUGAGACGGGGAAAAGAAUGUCUUUUUCAAAGAUAUUUUCUAUGGAAUAUCGGCUUUCGCAAAGGUUUAUGGACGGGCACGAUUUUCAUGAAGGCUGCAGAGCUAUUCUGAUUGACAAAGAUCGCAAUCCUAAAUGGAAGCCAGCGACACUGGAAGAAGUUGACGAUGAUAGUGUUGACAAAUAUUUUGCCCCACUUCCACACACCCAGGAGCUUUUGUUGCACGACGAAGAG